GGCUUCACUACAACAGUAGCGAAAACAACGGGGACUAUCAGAAAUCAGGUGUUGCUACGGGAAACACCAAGGAAAACAUCAUGAUCAAUCUUGAGGAGCCUUCCGGCCAAACUGCUUCUGUUACUUCUCUUGCUGGAAUUUCGAAAGCUCGCCCUCUCGCUGCCUACGCAACUAGAGCCGUUUUGGCAAUAUCUGGCUAUCUUUGGGAUCCUAGUCCAGCGAAAAACGAUGAAGGUCACUGUAUGCCGUUGCCUCUUUACUCAAGCAGCCCGCCACAUCGUCAAUAUCUUUCGAAUUUCCCGCGAUGCCUCAGUCUCCUUCCUUAUCCAGAUCUAUUCGAUUUUGGAAUGUACGCCUCUGCGUUUCCUUCAAGCGGUAGUCUCCGCAGCGUCAGUAUGAACGGUACGAUUCAGUUUCAGUCCUUGAAAGAGUCGGACUUGAGUGGAAUGUCUUCCGGCAAGUCUCCCCAAUGGGAUUCGUAUCGCACUUUGCGUUCCCGCAAACGCUGUUCGGCCGUCGACAAGGCCCGUUGAGGAAAUGAGGUGUUGCUGACGCAGGCAAUCAAAACAAUGCCAGUUUCAAGUCUAGUAUCG